CCCAGGCAGAAGAGCAACUUCUGCUGGACGUGCGUAGCGGGGUGACUGGCAGAGAGGCAGAGGCCAGCCUGGGAGCCCCAGAGCUGCGCGAACUCGGGAGCAGCAGCCCGCGUCCUGCGCCGCCGGCUCUCAUCCUCCCGGGUUCUCAGCCCCGGGUGCUGAGGCUCGCCUCUAUAAAUAGCAGGUUACAGCUCCUGCUCCGCGCGCACACGCUCCAUCUGGGGAAAGCAGGAAAGUCAGCGGAAAAGUGUCUGUGGCUGCUGUUGCCCCCUACUCAGCCUCCUGGAGAGAACGCAAAGAAAUGGUGUCACCUGGCAGGAGCUCUGUGCUGUUUUAUGAAAAGUCAGACCAAGAUCCCUGAAAACAGAAAAAGAACAAAGAGCGGAGCUGUUGAGAAAUACAGCAUAAACCAGAGUUUUACAGUGGGAUAUAUCUUUACUGUGAAGAUACACGGACGCUAAAACAGAAGCCAUUAACUGGUGCCAUUUGGACAAAGAAACUUGGAAAACUGACCGCUGUGUAGGUUGAUCAUGGAAAUCAAAGAGGAAGGAGCUUCAGAAGAGGGCCAACACUUUCUUCCUACAGCUCAGACAAAUGACUCUGAGGACAUGCAGUUCACAAGCAUUCAGAACAUUCCCAACGAGCCACAGCUGGAAUUCAUCCUUGCGUGCAAGGAUCUCGUGGCUCCUGUGUGUGAUCGGAAACUGAAUACAGUGGUGCAGAUCUCAGUAAUCCACCCGGUGCAGCAGAGCUUGACCAGAUAUGCCAGCACUGAAAUUGUGGAGGGAACAAGAGACCCACUGUUUUUGACGGGUGUCACAUUCCCAUCUGAGUACCCCAUCUAUGAAGAGACCAAAAUAAAACUGACAGUCUAUGAUGUCAAGGAUAAGUCUCAUGACACGAUUCGAACCAGUGUCAUUCCGGAACACAAAGAUCCCCCACCAGAAGUUGGGAGAAGCUUCCUGGGCUAUGCCAGUUUCAAAGUAGGGGAGCUGCUGAAGUCCAAGGAGCAACUGCUGUCCCUGAGUCUGAGAACCUCAGAUGGUGGCAGAGUGGUCGGCACCAUAGAAGUCAGAGUCCUGAAGAUGGGGGAGAUUGAGGAUGGGGACACAGAUCACAUCACAACAGAUGUGCAGGGACAAAAGUGUGCACUGGUGUAUGAAUGUACAGCUCCAGAAAGUGUGAGCGGAAAAGAUAACUCACCUUUUUUGAGUACGGUGUUAAAGAAUCCAGUUUGUAAAUUAUAUAGAUUUCCCACAUCUGACAACAAGUGGAUGCGAAUCCGUGAGCAGAUGUCAGAAAGCAUACUUUCUUUCCAUAUUCCUAAGGAAUUGAUUUCCCUUCACAUAAAAGAGGACUUGUGUAGAAACCAGGAGCUGAAAGAACUUGGGGAACUGUCCCCACACUGGGACAACCUGAGGAAAAGUGUCCUUACUCACUGUGAUCAAAUGGUGACUAUGUAUCAAGACAUUCUGACAGAACUUAGCAAAGAAACAGGGUCCUCUUUCAAAUCAAGUAGUAGCAAAGGAGAGAAAACAUUAGAAUUUGUUCCUAUUAAUCUCCAUUUACAGAGGAUGCAUGUUCAUAGCCCUCAACUGAAAGACGCUCUCUAUGAUGUCAUCACUGUGGGAGCCCCAGCUGCCCAUUUUCAGGGAUUUAAGAAUGGUGGUCUUCGAAAACUACUCCAUAGAUUUGAAACUGAAAGAAGGAACACUGGAUACCAGUUUAUUUACUAUUCACCUGAAAACACAGCGAAAGCAAAAGAAGUUCUCAGCAACAUCAAUCAACUACAACCUCUUGUAGCAACUCAUGCAGACCUCCUGCUUAAUUCUGCAAGCCAGCAUUCUCCAGACAGCUUGAAGAAUUCUUUAAAGAUGCUUUCAGAAAAAACAGAGCUCUUUGUACAUGCAUUCAAGGAUCAGCUGGUAAGGAGUGCUCUUUUAGCUCUCUAUACUGCAAGACCAGGAGGGAUCCUUAAGAAAUCAACCUCUCCUAAAGACAGUGCAGAGGAGAGUAGUCCUCAGGACCAGCCACCUCCCAUGAGAAGGCAGGACUCUAUACCUCAUCAUUCAGACUAUGAUGAGGAAGAGUGGGAUAGGGUGUGGGCCAACGUGGGAAAGAGCCUGAACUGCAUCAUAGCUGCUGUGGACAAGCUGAUUGAGAGAGACUGUAGCAGUGAAGAAGGUGCUGGUGGCGGCCGUAGCAAAGAUGGAGAAAAGGACCUUUCACUAGAAGAUUCCACUGCCUCUCACACAAGGGAGGACUGGUAUGAACAGCUACAACCCCUUAUCCUGACCCUGAAGGAAUGCAUGGGAGAAGUGGUGAGCCGAGCCAAGCAGUCCCUGACAUUUGUGCUGCUUCAGGAACUAGCCUACAGCCUGCCCCAGUGUCUCAUGCUAACACUCAGAAGAGACAUUGUCUUCAGCCAGGCGCUUGCUGGAUUGGUUUGCGGAUUUAUCAUUAAAUUGCAUACAAGUUUGCGUGACCCUGACUUUCUUCAGCAGCUUGGCAGCGUGGGGCUGAUGGUGCAGUAUGAAGGGCUGCUGAGCACCUACAGUGAUGAAAUUGGAAUGCUGGAGGACAUGGCUGUUGGCAUUUCAGAUUUGAAGAAAGUUGCAUUUAAAAUAAUAGAAGCCAAAUCCAAUGAUGUCCUGCCAGUUAUAACAGGAAGACGUGAGCACUAUGUGGUGGAGGUCAAGCUUCCAGCUACGAUGUUUGAGUUGCUUCCUCUCCAGAUUAAAGAAGGACAGUUGCUUCAUGUGUAUCCAGUUCUGUUCAAUGUUGGAAUCAAUGAACAGCAGACUCUGGCUGAGAGGUUUGGAGACGUUUCUUUGCAAGAAAGUAUUAAUCAAGAAAAUUUUGAGCUUGUAAAAGAAUAUUACUCAACAUUUUUGGAAAAGAUGCCUCCUGAUUAUAUUUCACAUUUUCAGGAACAAAAUGAUUUACAAGGAUUAUUAGACAAUCUACAUCAAAAUAUUCAAGUGAAAAAAAGAAAGAAUGUAGAAAUCAUGUGGCUGGCGGCAACGAUUUGUCGAAAACUCAAUGGUAUUCGUUUCACCUGCUGUAAAAGUGCCAAAGACAGGACAUCAAUGUCGGUGACACUGGAACAAUGCUCCAUCCUGAGAGAUGAGCACCAACUCCACAAAGAUUUUUUCAUCCGCGCACUGGACUGUAUGAGAAGAGAAGGAUGCCGCAUAGAGAAUGUACUGAAGAAUAUCAAAUGCAGAAAAUAUGCUUUCAACAUGCUGCAGCUGAUGGCUUUCCCCAAGUACUACCGACCUCCAGAAGGGACUUAUGGAAAAGCUGACACCUAAGUUUACCAACAUGUAAAUACAACAGGAACACAAACACAUUUCAGUUGGAUGAUCUCAACCUUGGUCUUUUAGAAACGUUUAUUGUUAUCAGUUUGGGGGAGGAUGUGCUCAUGUGUGUGCACUCAAAUCAAGGAAUUAUUUCAGUAGUCAUAAGUUUAUAACUCUGAAAGAAAUGCAGUUUUGAAAUCUUAUUUUGCAUUGCCAUUUCCUGUCUAUUUGUGCUCACCCUCAGUGGAUGAGGUUAGUUCAGAAAGUAUGGAUUUCAUUUGCAGAGUACCUAAAUGAAACAUGUCCUGAGAAAAGAGAUGUCUUCCAUAGUGCCAGAGUUGACUCGGAGAAUGCUAGGCUCCAUCCAUCAAAGCUGAGGAGAGGAGCAGGCAGUUUAUGUGAUGUUACUUCAAAGUCUCCAUUACAGAAAACCUUACUGCACAGCUUCCUGUACUUUAUAAAAUCUUUAUAGCAAUUUCAAUUAGGUAAUGUUAACUCAUGACCUUGAUUUUUGAUACAGUUUGCAGAUAAUGUUUGUACAUACCUUUGUCAUCCAGUCCAGAUGACUCUGCCUCAAAAACAGUUAAAGGGACAGUAUAAUAACAGCAGCGAAUAUACCUAUCAAAACCUUGGGAUCUUAUUAAGAAAUCUGAUUUGAGUUGCACAACCCAACUAUGGACAAGACAGCCCAGAACUUUUAAUAAUAUAGUAGGCAAAAUACUUAAAGUAAUUCAAAUUGCAAGGGAAUUAAGGAUGAAAUUAAAGAUGCAGACAGCUACUGCUCCAAAUGAAAAUCUCAUCAACUUGGAUUUCAUGUGGAAAAAUUCAUGAGAGUGAGAGAAAUAUCUUUGAGGUGUUUCCCAGCUGUCAUCUCAGUGUGAUUUUGCAGUCUGACAUAGAUCAGUAUGCUUGAAGUGGAAAACCUUUAACACAUGUGCAACCAUAAACAAUGAAAAAUUAACAUAAUAAUUUUAGCUAAUUUGAAUUUCAAAUUUGUCAUUACAGUAAAAUAGCACCAUAUGUAAGAUUUCUAGCUUUCCAGAUUAGUAGAUUCCUUAGAGAUCAUAUUACAUAUUACCAACAUUAGAAAAUGGAUAAAUUAAGGCAGAUCACUUUAGAGGUUUGCAGAAUCACAGUUGCAAUCUCACCUUAUGACUAUUUUUAAAUUUUUUCUGUGGUUUCUUUAGUCUCCAAGUUGCUAGACUAUGUAUGAAAAUUAAGAGAGGAGAGUUAAAGAUAAUUAGAAUUCAUUACUGGAAUUGAAAUUUCAGAGUAAAGAAAUCUGAAUAGCUCUAUUUUCUUUCCCCUUUGCCCCAGUGGCAUCCAGAGAGUGUUACAUUUCUAGAAAUCCUAGAGGGUUCUUAAACAGAUACCUCUUAGCUGUGACUACAUUCAAAGGGUGACAGUAAAAUCUUGAUAAAUAAGAUGAUAACUGCUUGUCUAAGAUCUUUCCUUAUUCAAGUAAGGAUUUCAAACAGAUCUCUAGGCCAAUGGAGAGCUUUUCAAAUGGAUACAAGUAGAAAAUAAUCCUCUGAAGCUGUUCUUGGUAGAAGCAUCAAUUUGUUAUUUUUCCUAAUGACCUAUGUUCAUUAUUGAAGUAGUUGCCAAACUUUUAUAGCCCUUUAAAUAAAGACCUGGGUCUACACAUGGGAACAGCUAUCUUGAAAUACAGCUAUCACUAUUGAAUCUCACACUCCAUUUCAAAAAUAUAAUAUAAUGUUUGAAAAUUUUAUUUUAUUUCAAGAUGCUAGAAUUUUGGGCUAGUUUUAUUGAUGAAUUAAAUUCAAGAUAAAAAAGAUUUGAGAUGGCAGAUUCUGUUUAGUAUAUUAAGUGGUGGUGUAGAUUCCAGGAGACCUGAUAAGAUUUAUCAGCCCAUGAAUAUUUUAUAAAUAUUGAUUUUUGUUUAUAUCUUUUAAAUUAAGCCUCUUAAAUAUUGAAAAAAAAUAUCUGAAUAGCCAGUAGCAGGGUUUUCCAAUUUUAGAAGACAUUUCACAGAUCUUUUAUUCCUUUGUCAACAAAUUCCAAUAUAGAGACACAAAGGGCAGAUCUUAGUAUAAGGCAAAUGCAAAUGAAUUUUCACUUUUUAUCAGCAGCAUCAUCAGCAUUUCCUUAUAAAAGCUUAAAUUUGUGCAUCCUUCCAAGAGAGAAUUUCACUAAAAAAACACAUUUCCUAAACCUUAUUGCUGUUCUCCUGAUAGUCCAAAUAUAUUCAGACAACCACUUUAUGAUUAAUCAUUACCAAGGCUUUCAGAAACAAAUAUUAAACAGCCUAUUUUAAAAAUCUCCCUGUAUAGCCUUAGCCAUGGCUUUCCAUCUUCGUCUCAUUUCAGAUGGGUACAGCAAGCAAAGCCGAGCAGAGCAUUUUGAGCCAAAUAACCAAGAAAAUAGCAUUUUCAGACAAUUUAGCAUUUUUUUCUUUCUCACCAAUAUUUUUUUCCUUUUCACAAAUUCAAAUAUCAAUUCUUGAUCAAUCAUUUGCAGAGCCCUAGAAGAAAAUUAUUCAAAGCACAAAAAGACACAAUAUGGAUUAUGGAUGAUGCAGUAAAUGAACGUCUAGGGUAUGAAAAUGUCCCCAGGACAGCUAAAACACAUAUUUGAAAUAUUUAAUUGAAGCUGAGCUACACUUGUGUGCAUUCACUCAUUAAAUUCUCAUCUUUGUUUUACUUCUUAAGUAUUACAGUGAGCUUUGCGUACAUACUGCAAAACUGUCUUCUAGAUGCAAAUAGUUUGGUCAGUCUGAUAAUCCAAGGGUUCCCAACAACCAUCUGAUGCAGGUAACAAAUUAUACUAAAACUACCACAGCCUGGUCAAAGUAUUGCUUCAUUUUGCUGAUCUUCAGCAUGUCAUAAUUCUAACACUUCUGACAGACAAUGAAGACUUGAAAGUUAACACUGACAGGAGGAUCAUCCCUAUUUUUCUUAUUUUGUGUUUUUCAUAAAAUAAGACUCAAGAUGAAAAAGGAAAAAGAAAACCAUUGUGAUUUUUGUAGGGCCAUGAUUGUCUCCUUGAAUAAAUCAAAUCCCUCCCUAUUUAAAGAUGCUGUGCCAAAAGAGACAUGUCCUCUGGUGUGUCCUAACAGUUCUAUUGAUUCCUGGGAAAUGGUCAUGACUUUUAUAAGUUAGCUUCUACAAACGCUCAUGAUUAAACAUUGUUAUUAAAUAAAUUGGAUAUAUUUAUUUAAAAGUAGAAUGACAAGUAAAGCUUAUUACUUCCUAAUUAUUCUACCAAGUUUUGCUCUUCAUCCCUGGAUGAUUUUAGCUGAUCUGUUUUGGCUUUUAUCCUCUGUAAGGAAUCCUACUAGUCUAUAAAGUAUUUUGAACACUUACAUUUUAUUCAGAAUUAAACUAUUAAGUUAGAGGGAUCAGUUUAAAGAGCAAUCACUAAUGUGCUGAAGGAGAUCUUAGCAACACAGCCUUAGUAUAUGUAACAACUCUGGACUAAAUUCAGAGAAAUGUUAAAUUCACCAGAAUAUCACUGAAAAUAUGAUUCAUUGCCAAUUUUAAAAAUGAUAAUUAUGGCACUUGCUGAAAGUAGGUAAAACAGUAACAUAUUACUAUGCCCAUUGUCUAAUAAAUGAAGCCCAGAUUAAACCCACUGUUGGAUGAAAUAAAUUAAAUGCUGGCAGUAGGCUAGGGCACCACAGAUUUUAUAGGAGUUUGAUUUCCAAGCAGGAUGGUGUUCUAUUUUAGUUGAGUAUAAAGGACUCAUUUUGAAGUCUUUCAAGAAAUAAAUGAACUUAUAACACACAUUUAAGAAACUGGUCUGUGAGAAACUGUGGUCAGCAGUUGUAGAAGGAAGCAAGCAUGUUGGUCACAAAGCAUCCUUAAUAGCUAGGACCUUUAUAAAUUAUACACUACUCACUACUAAAAAAAAUAAUUUGCUAUGAAUUUGCAUAUUUGAUUGACAAUUUGUCAUAAGUUCACAUUCAUCUAGCUUGCCUGAAACCUGUGUAAGUUACAGCCCUGCUAUUUAUGCUUUUAUAUUUUUAAAUUUACAGUUCCAAUAUAUUUUAUCUUUUGUUUCUUUGGAAGCUUGAAAUCAGAAAAUCUCACGCAAAUAUGUUUCCUGUAGCAAAAGGGUUUUAAGAAAUGAAGAUAAAACCAA